GGUGCACGUAAAUCACCCAAGAUAGGAUGAAGCACCGAUUUCAUGGCUAUCAUCGCUUUUUAUACUAUACAGCUUUCAUGAAAACUAUUUCCAAUUUCAGUUCCAGUGGCGAUGCCGCCGCCGAAGGAAGUACCAGUCAGACAAAGAAACAACCAAAAUUUGAUCCCUCUGCGUUAUACUAUGACAUGAGCGGAGACAAGUUCUUGGUUAUUUUCAACCAUUAUGAAUAUCAAAAGACGCGUUAUUUCAAGGAUAAGCGUCCGUCAACUAGGAAAGGUACAGACGUAGAUGUAAAAGUUCUCAAAGAAUUAUUUGGAAGACUUGGCUUUAAAAUAUUUACAUAUACAGACAAAGAAUAUGAUGACAUCAUCGAAUUAAUGACUGAAAUUGCGAAUAUGGACCACUCUAAAACAUCAUGCUUGGUAGUGGUCAUAUUGACGCAUGGUGACAAGAAAGGAGUAGUGUAUGCUGCUGACCGAGGGUAUCUUCUUAAAGACGUCACCAGUCUUCUAGAGACCGGCGAUAUAGGAUUAGUCAACAAACCCAAGAUAUUCUUUGUACAAGCUUGUAGAGGAGAUAAAGUCGAUGAAGGCCGAACUGUGCGAUACGACGGAGAAGAGACGCUUGUUGUGCCAUCGCACGUAGACUUUUUGUUAAUGCAGUCUUCAGUAGAUGACUAUUUGUCUUGGAGAGAUCUCGGCGGUUCCUGGAUGAUACAAGAACUGUGCGAAGUUAUCGACGACCACCAUAGAAGUUACGACCUUCUGCAAUUAAUCACAAUCACAACCAGGAACGUAGCUUACAAGCGAGCGUCGUAUACGCCAUCUAAUAAAAGCACUCAUAACAAAAAGCAAACACCCGAAACGUGUUUUACGUUGACAAAAUUAUUGAAAUUCUAAAUGUUUUUAUUGUGAAUACAGUUGUUUCGUUUGCUUACAAACUAUUUUAAUUACAUUCUGUUUGUGCGACGAAUUUGCUUUUAAGAUUCAAUUGAUUCCUGUCCG